AUGGCAGCAGACAAUUACGAAGCUGCAAUCACUUUGAUUGAUGAAGCUCAUGCUUUAGACCCAAACAUCAGCAUAAUAAAUGGCGAAAAUAUACCCUAUGAGCUUCACUACGCACAAAAGAUGACACAUUAUCUUUCUCUCCGCGCUCCGGAUGCUUCUCCUAUCCUCAAAGUUGCCGUGCGAGCACAACACUUUCGGCGCUGGGAGGUUCCACGAUCUUCUUAUCCUAUGACGAAACCUGGGUAUUUGAAUUGGAGAUCCUUUCUCAAGAAACGACAGGCUGAUCUUGCAUCUGCGAUAUGCAUUGGUUGUAAUUUUACAAGUGAGGAGGCGGAAGAAGUGGCUAGAUUGAUUCGGAAGGAGGAUCUGAAGAAAAAUGAGGAAACUCAAAUCUUGGAGGAUGUGGCUUGUCUUGUGUUUUUGGACGAUCAGUUUGAGGCUUUUGAGAAGGGUCACGAUGAAGAGAAGAUUGUUUCAAUUCUGAGAAAGACUUGA